AUGAACUACAGCUAUAUGCAUUUGCCACAACAACAUUUCGUUCAAAAUGAACAAUUUGGGGGUAGUGACAUGACUAAAGCUCAUUAUAUGCAGAACAAUUAUAGAAAUGGGAACAACACGUCAAUAACAUAUAAGCCGGCGGCUACUGAAACCAAUAUGGAUAUGCCUCCCUCUAUCGUCAACGCAGUUUAUAAUUCACCUUCAGGUGGCAGUAUUGAUGGUGCUAGAAAUGGUAACAUCAAUUCCAAUGACAUCAGGACAAGUAUCGAGACUGCUUCUGUCAAUAUUGAACAGAAAACUACUAAUAGUCGCAAUACAAAUGAAAUUUGCGGUCUAAAUACACCAGCAGUUAGACUUUCUCAGUUUCCAAAACAUUUAACGAAUCAUAAUACAUUUGAAUAUACAUAUAAUAAUGUACAAAAUGGACAGCCUACAUAUACAAAUACUGGAUACCAAGAUUGUAACGCUACUACAAUUAAACUUGGAUUACCUACUAUAACUGCUUCAACAGAUUCAAGUAAUACGAUGGUAUUAUCAAACUACUAUAGAGGUACUUCAUCGACUCAUAUACCGACACAAUUAACUAGCUAUAGUUUACAAAAUAAAAGUGUCAAAAGGGCUAUUCAAAAUCGAAAUGCACAAAAGGCAUUCAGACAAAGGAAGAAAAAGUAUAUUCAAGAGCUGGAGAGCAAAGCCAGUAAAUAUGAUAAUCUUGUAAUAGAAAAUAAUAAUUUGAAAAUUCAAAUUAAGGAAUUGACCUCACUGAUCAGAUCAUUAAAAUAG